AUGCAAGUCUGGAAUGUCAUUUACGACCCGCUCGACUUCCCAGAUUCUCUCUAUCGCAGUGCGUUGCCCCUAGUCGAUCAGACUGCGCAGAGCAAAAUCAGCAAGUUUUAUCGCCGUGAAGACGCUUGUCGAUCGCUCAUUGGCAAUCUCCUUCCCAGAGUUUUACUCAAGAAGCGAGGUGUGGCUAAAGAUGCUAUGACGUUUGCAGCUACGGAGACGGGAAAGCCAUACUGCACCACUCCUUUAGACCCUCCCUUAGCUUUCAACGUUACUCAUGAUGAAGGUGCAAUCGCGAUGGCGUUUGGAACGGGAGUUGAUGUCAUGAAACUCAAAAUUCCUCCGCGGACUACCUUUACUCAAUUUGUUGACAUUGUCGACAGCCAGCUCACUGUUCGAGAGAAGAAUAUUGUUCUUGCUGACGUCCCUGAGGAAGAGGCAAUUCGCAGAUUUUACUGGAUAUGGACCUUGAAAGAGGCUUACACCAAGGCUCUCGGGAUUGGACUCGGCUUUGACUUCAGAAGGAUAGAAUAUGAUGUUUUGGAAGAGAAAGUCACCAUCGAUGGCGAACUUGCGAGAGGAUGGCAGUUUCUGAAAUUCGAAGUGCCGCAAAGUGGACAUAAAUAUGUCGGCGUUGCUGCGAAGUUCAUUGGAGGGCGGGGAACAAGCAUAUCAGAUUUAAGUGAAGGAUGUCUCGUUUGCUAUGAUGCUGUAUCAUUCGUUAACCGUGCGAUCGAAGAAAUGAGCUAG